CACCACUGCAGAUGGCUGCCCAUAGCUUGGCACUAGGACUAUGGCUCCUGCUGCUUCUCCAGGAUAUCCAGACAGCCCCACAGACACCAUUAAGCCCAUCUGGUUCCUGUGAUACACAUGAGAAUUGGUUCUAUGAUGAAACUUCACAAACCUGCUGUUACCAGUGUCCCUCAGGCUAUGUUAAAAAGAAAGCAUGCCCCAGGGACCCAGAGGAAGACUGUAUGAGAUGUGGACCUGAGCAAUAUGUGAAUGAAGAUUUCCAAAGGCCACAAUGUGAUGCUUGCGUAUCGUGUGCUAAAGAAUCUGACCUUGUGGAGAAGGAGCCCUGCUCCUUCAACUCCAGCCGGGUGUGCGAGUGCCGCCCAGGCCUCUUCUGUCAAACUCCUGUGAAGCACACCUGCAGCAGAUGCCAGCAGCACACUGUUUGCAAGCCUGGUUUUGGAGUCAAAGUCAGAGGCAACUCCACAACUGAUGUAACCUGUGAAAAGUGUCCUGAUGGAACCUUCUCUGAUCAAAACUCCAGCACUGACAUCUGCAAGCCCCACACAAACUGUGCCUCCCUAAACAAAGUAGCACUAAGCAAAGGAAAUGCCACACACGAUCAGGUUUGUCUGGACCAACUGCCCACCUUCCUCACCCCAAGCACUUUGUCCAUGAGACUCAGCAAUGAAACAAGUAACUCUGACCUAAGGACAUUUGAGGAGAACCUGGUGACCAUCACUAGUAUUCUUUUAAGUGCCACCACAUCUGAAAACUCCAGUUCAACUCCUGAGGAGAAAGCUCUGGCUGGCACUUUUCCUACCUCGGCCAAUGGCAAGAUGGCAAUGGGAGGUCUACUUCUUUGGGGAGUGGUUCUCUCUGUGAUAGUGCUACUUGUGGGCAUGCUAUUAUUUUGGAAAUUGAAGUUUUGCAAGAAGCAGAUCCUCAUCCUCGUAAGAAAGCGUCCUGAUCUAGGAAACAAAUGUGAAAAGAUCACACUGACUACUGACAGUGGGCUAGAAGAGAAGGAGUUAAUUGACAGAACCCUCAAUUUGGAAACCAACAAUAACUUGGCUUCCAGCACAGAAAAAGCAUGUACUCCUGAUCUGAGUCUGGCUGAUGUGACACAGAGCAAUGGAAAUGCUCCAGAUUGUCCUAUGGAUUCUCGAGUCAGAGACCACACGAAUAAUCGAAUUGAAACAAUAUGCAUCAUGAACGCCAACACUGUUAUUGUGGGGCCAAUUUCAGAUGGGUCUAGUGGCAAGAACUGUGCUGCUAGAGGAUGCGAAAGUAAUGUGGAUGCUCAUGAAACCAUGGAAGAGGAACUGGCAAUGCACUAUCCAGAGCAGGAAACUGAGUCUUUUCCAGGGAAUGAUGUGAUGGUUCCUGUGGAGGAGGAGGGGAAGGAAUUUCAUCACCCCACCACUGCCACUGAAAAGUGAUAAUCCACUGAGGAGAUGGGUGAAGCUACAGAAACAUCCAGUAUGACACUAAGCCUGAAUCUCUGAUAAAGGAAGUAAACACCUAGUGUCUUAUGUUGUCUGAAAGCUCGUGUAAAACACUGACAUGCAUUCAAACAAGGAGUGCUAGAACCAGCAAAUGAAGGGAUCAUCCAAACACUUUUCCUUCAUAGUUGACAUUGAAUGCUUCUCUUUCCCUCUCCCAGUAUCAUGCUGGGAACAUGUUUGAAUCAAAGCCACAACAUCUGGAUGCCAACUCAAGUUUCACAGCCUGCUUUCUCUUAAUGAAGGAAUGGAUUGAGAACUUUCUCUGAUUACUUCUAUUACCUUUGAACUUUCUGGCCAGAAUUCCAAGUUAAGCUUGAGCCCCAGCCUUGUUUCAUGUGGUUUCUAUUCCAGUAUUACCAGUACUUCCAAUUUCGUCAUAUAUUUUGCAACACCUGUUAUUUUUGUUAAGGCUUCAGCUCUUGACUGGAAGUCAUAAUGAUUUCCAUUUUCCAUAACACAAACAGGACUCUUAAGUUUGUGGACUUGAUGCUUUUGAGGAAAUAGGAUGAAAAGGGGUCACGGAGACUCAGAAAACAGAAGGCAAAUAAACACUUCAGGACGUUCUAAUUUUUGAAGUCUGAGUCAUGUUUUUGACUACUUCAGGUCAUCAGUAAGUGUACAAAAUGGAAGCCAAACUGGCUGAACAUUUGGAUGUGGAUGAACUGUGGGGUUAGCCCAGUGUGUAGCCUGCAAAAAGGGGAAAGAAGAAAAUUAAUUAGUUUUCUAGGAAAAGGAAGGACUGAAAAACAGGCACAGGAGUUAUUGCCUAUAACUUUGUUAAUGUCUGCUUGUUUUAGAAUUGCUCAUAAUCAUC